GUAUGGCGAUCCUGUUACUGUCAUUUGGCCGUCAAUUGCCUUGGUGGUAACACGUCUUCCACGACUGUUUGCUGGUUACCGGUGACACUUUCUCGUUGAAUAGGGCUGGAGUUACUUUGUGACUGGAAUAAUGUUCUUUCCGGUCCGUUAACUCAAUAAUUCUAGUACAGUCUGUCGUAACCUCAAAUCGUAAACACAUCAAACUUUCGUUGACAGAUAGCGAAAAUUACUAGCCUCGCGCUAUCUUUGUUUAACACAUAGGUUAGGUUCCUCUCUGUCGAAUUCCGACCACAGGCAGUUUGCCGUACUUUCUAAAAGUAAUAGUAGAUCUAGUGACUUUAGACGGACUCGAUUACAAUACUUCCUUUGCUUACGCUCGGGAAGUAAAAAUGUAUAAACUUCACACGAAAUUAGUCGAUCAGCAGUUCGCGUUAUCUCGAAAACUUUACUCUUCCACUCCACAAGAAAAAAAAAUGGCAAAUGAGAUAAACAUAUUUCACAACCCCAGCACCGCUCGGAGCUCAAUUCUGCAAAUAUACGACAAAACAGAAGAAUCUCUAUCCGAAGAGGUGCAAAAGUUGAAAGACUGGAUGAAAACCCAGCAUCACCUCCCCGAAAUGUUAGACGACCACAGCGUGGAAAAUUUUUUGAUUUUGAACAAAUUUCGGACCGAAAGGGCGAAAAAGGGGAUCGAUAUGUAUUACUCGUUCCGGAGUAAGCUGCCUGAUUUCGCGGGAACAAUGAACCCGACUUGUCCCAACAUGAAGCAAGUGGCGGAGAUGAUGUACUACGUGCCGCUGCCAAAAAUGACCAAGGAAAUGUACAGGGUGAUGAUUUACAAGUCCCGAAUUAAAGGCAAAAUAGAACAGGUUGACCCCUACGACGUGUUUAGAAUGUCGACUAACUUGGCAGAAAUGAGAUUAAAGCAGGAUAUCAUGUUUGGUGAGGUGAUUAUUUUUGACAUGGAUGGGAUGACUAUACCGUUUUUGUCGAAACUGACGCCAGUUUAUGCUGCCAAAACUAUGACUGUUUAUAAAGUGUAUUCGCUUCCUCUGAAGCGUGUGUUCAUUGUUAAUACUGUCCCUUAUGUCAGUACCCUAAUGACAGUCAUCAAGGCUUUCCUAAAACCUAAGAUCUUCGAAAGGAUUCAUGUUUGCAAAGACACAAGCAUCUUAAGGGAGCACCUUCCUUUAGAAAUGUUACCAAGCGAUUACGGUGGUACCGAAAAGUCAAUCGAGCAGUUGCAUGAAUUAACGCAGCGUAGGUUUCGAUCAUAUCAAGAACGUUUCGACCUACUGGACGAACUGAGGGUGAACGAGAGUCUCAGACCCUCCGAACUUGAAAAGGAAAACGACGAAAUUUUAGGAUUUCAUGGAAAUUUCAAAAAAUUAGACAUUGAUUAAUAUUUGUUGAA